CCAGUUACUUUUCUUUAGAAAACUGUAGUGAUGCUCCACAAACCCAAUACGCUGAUCUGAAGAACAGUGUAACGUCAAGACGUUCUAAUCUCUAAAGAACCAUUAUGGCAGCUCGAGAACUAUAUACGGGGAAAAUUGAGAUUUUUAAGAGUACAUGAAGAGGGUAUUAGCGCUCAUCCCACUUGAUGCCUAUGACAGAGUCAGCAACCCAAUCCAUACAGAUGCGGUGCGGGAGCGCGCCUUCAAUCACGGACACGGAGCGAAGGGGCGGGGGAAUGAGAGAGAGAUAGAGAGAGAGAGAGAGAGAGAGAGAGCACUGGCUGAUCUCUAUCUAUCUCCCUCAGACAUCUUUCUAUGUUGUAACACAGAGCAGAGGACGUGCUGGUCGUUUGGCGGUGGCACAGCAACCCAUCAUGCGCGCCGUCUUCUGAAAACGUUCAGCGGCGCAGGGAUGGCUUAGUCGCGUGCGGAGCGCCGAUGCUGCACGAUGAGUGUAGCGCUGCAAGAUUUACGAAAUAACAUGUCUAACUACAAGCGUGCAACGUUUGAGGAGGAGGAUGGGACAGAUGUCCAUGCAGAUGGAGCCAUCUCUCCUGACAGUGUGGAGGUGGGCUUCCGUAAGGGUGGUAUUCAGUUGUUUGGUCCACUGGGCAGGAGGACUCAGCUGGAAGUAGUGUUGGCCGGUCUGCUUCUCGCUUCACUUCUAGCUCUGUUUGGCUGUGCGAUUACACUGGGAGUCCGCUAUAACAGAGAUCCCGCCCGUAGUAUCUGUCUAACAGAGGCAUGUGUAACCGUGGCCAGUAAGAUCGUGGAAGCUCUGGACCGCUCUGCUGACCCAUGUCAGGAUUUUUACCAGUACGCCUGUGGAGGAUGGGUCCGCAAAAACCCCCUGCCAGAUGGCCGGUCCCGCUGGAGCACAUUUAACAGCAUCUGGGACCAGAACCAGGCUGUGCUCAAACACCUGCUGGAAAAUGGCACCUUUAACUCAAGCAGUGAAGCAGAGAGGAAGACACAGUCCUACUACCUUUCCUGUCUUAAUGAACAGCGAAUAGAAGAGCUUGGAGCCCAACCACUCAUUGACUUGAUUGCGAAGAUAGGGGGCUGGAACAUCACAGAGUCCUGGGACAAAGACAACUUUCUGGAAGUUUUAAAGAUAGUUUCUGGACCAUACAGAGCUCAGCCCUUCUUCACUGUCGGUGUCAGCGUUGAUCCCAAAAACUCCAACAGUAAUGUCAUUCAGGUUGACCAAUCAGGACUCUUCCUCCCAUCCCGAGAUUAUUACCUCAAUAAGACCAAUGAGAAGGUGUUGAAGGCUUACCUGGAUUACAUGGUUGAGUUGGGAUUGUUGUUGGGAGGAGACAAGAAUUCCACCCGAGUUCAGAUGCAGCAGAUUUUGGACUUUGAGACGGCGCUAGCUAACAUCACAGUGCCUCAGGACGAGCGGCGGGACGAGGAGAAGAUCUACCACAAGAUAACCAUAGCUGAUCUGCAGGUGCUGGCUCCGGCAGUUGAAUGGCUGGAUUAUCUGAACUUCGUCUUGUCACCGCUGGAGCUGAACGACACUGAGCCUGUGGUGGUCUACGCCAAAGAAUACCUGCAACAGGUUUCGGAUCUCAUCAACAAGACCGACCACAGUCUUUUGAAUAAUUACAUGAUCUGGAAUCUGGUGCAGAAAGGAGCGUCCAGUCUGGACCAGCGCUUUGAGAAUGCUCAGGAUAAGCUGCUGGAGAGCCUCUACGGCACUAAGAAGUCCUGCACUCCACGCUGGCAGACGUGCAUUGGGAACACAGAUGACACUCUUGGUUUUGCAUUGGGUGCUCUUUUCGUCAAAGCCACUUUCGACAAACAGAGCAAAGAAAUAGCGGAGGGGAUGAUCAAUGAAAUCCGCACAGCUUUCAAAGAUGCGCUGGAUAAUUUGAACUGGAUGGAUGAACAGACCCGACAAGCUGCCAAGGACAAGGCGGAUGCCAUCUACGACAUGAUCGGAUUUCCAGACUUCAUUCUGGACUCCAAAGAGCUUGAUGAUGUAUAUGAUGGGUAUGAGGUUACAGAAGACAACUUCUUCCAGAAUAUGAUCAACUUCUAUAACUUCUCAGCACGAGUGAUGGCAGACCAGCUGCGCAAGCCGCCCAACAGAGACCAAUGGAGCAUGACUCCACCCACGGUGAACGCAUACUACAUGCCCACCAAGAACGGGAUCGUCUUCCCUGCCGGCAUCUUACAGGCCCCCUUCUACGCCCAGGAUCACCCCAAAGCUUUAAACUUUGGUGGAAUUGGAGUGGUGAUGGGACAUGAGUUAACGCAUGCCUUUGAUGACCAAGGCAGAGAGUAUGACAAAGAUGGAAACCUUCGGCCGUGGUGGCAGAACUCCUCGGUGGACGCGUUUAAGAACCGCACCGAGUGUAUGAUCGAUCAGUACACUCAGUACACCAUCAACGGAGAGCGCAUCAACGGCAAACAGACGCUGGGUGAAAACAUCGCAGACAACGGCGGCCUGAAAGCUGCCUAUCACGCGUAUCGCUCAUGGGUGAAGAAGAACGGUGAAGAGAAGAGACUCCCAGCUGUCAACCUGACAAACGACCAGCUCUUCUUCGUAGGUUUUGCACAGGUGUGGUGUUCAGUCCGAACGCCAGAAAGCGCUCACGAGGGCCUGAUGACGGACCCUCACAGCCCACCCAAAUACCGCGUAAUCGGCACUCUGUCCAACUCGCCCGACUUCUCAGAGCACUUCCAGUGUCCGCUGGGCUCGCCCAUGAACUCAGGCCACCGCUGCGAGGUGUGGUGAACCAUCGCCCGCCAGACACCAGCCCGCUUGCACAGACCAGCCCGGCCAAAAACCACUCAACGGACAGCUCUGGCUCUUUGUCAAGCGCUGUUUUUUAUUUAUGUGCUCCGAGUUAUUUGAGGAGUUGGGCUGAAAGCAGGAGGAUGAAGCGAGUGCCUGCCAACUUUGAUGUUCGACCCAUAUCAAAUUCUCCUCCUCCUCCUCCUCCGCCGCCAUAUCAGACUCUCUUUAUUUAUUUGUUCACUGGACUUGGGGGGCGCUUAAGGGGGCCCCGUCCCACGCUUACAUGUGUGUUUGUGCGCUUCUUACCUUGAUUCACAACAAGCCCGAUUCCUCGUCUUCUGAUCUGGAAGAUGCGAUCACUGCGAUGCCACUGGGAACGCCUCACAGGAAAUGUUUGGCUCCAUCUGCGAUGACUUCACAGGAAGUUUCACGUUCUCGCGGUGACCUCACAGGAAGUGCUGAACUGCAUCUGUGACCCCCCACAGGAAGGAAGAGCUUUCAAGGAUGAAAGGCCAUUUCCCAAUUGUGAUUUCAUAGAAACGCUAUCAAACGACAGGGAGAGCCACUGUUUGUUCGUCCAAUCCUGUGUGUCAUGUUUUGAUCUUGACAAAGUUGAAAUGAAAUGUUCAUUUUAAACUGCUUUUUUGCCAAAGAACAAUUUUAGGUUUGUUCCUUGUGUAAGUGAACGUGGACGUUCGCACUGCUUCGCCUUCGGUAACUCCAUUCCAGUGUCAUUCCACUGUGACUCGUGUGUGAAGGAUGUAUUUCCGUCUCCAUGUCGUGCUCAACUUUGUCAGUUCUGCUGAAGUGUUGUCAUGCUAUGUUCUGAAAACCACUAAAAGGGUGAAUCUCACCAGUGUUCGAGUCUUAUUUCACUCCAAAAUGCAAAGAUUAUUAUUAUUAUUUCCAUAAAAUACAUACUAGAUAGAUAGAUAGAUAGAUAUGCAUUAAAAUUACAUUGAUCAAAAUUGACAGUGAAAACUAUUAAAAAUAAAAUAAAAUUCUCUUCAUCAGCAAAUCCAAUUUUGCUAUUGCCACAAAAAUUUGCAGCAGCACAAAUCUUUUUAACAUUGAUAAUAAUCGGAAAUGUUUCUGAGCAUCAAAUCAGCAUAUUAGAAUGAUUUCUGAAGGGUCAUGUGAAACUGAAGACUGGAGUAAUGAUGCUGAAAAUUCAGCUUUACAUCACUGAAAUAAAUGACAUUUUACAAUAUAUCCAAAAGGAAACGUGUUAUUUUAUAUUGUAAUAAUAUUUCACAAUAUUACAGUUUUACUGUAUUUUUUUGAUCAAAUAAAUUUAGCCUUUGUGAGCUUAAGAGAGUUUUCAAAAUCAUGUAAAGAUCUAACUGAUUUUGUUCAGGGAAAUGAUUGAAAAAUCCUAAUAAUGCGCUUGAUUUUCAAAUUUUGGACUGGAAUAUGUCACAUUCUUGGCGUUUCUUGAGAUUCACCCAAAAGCGUUCUUUUAUCGUCUGCUAAAUUUCCCAGCAUGCCCGGUGUGUUUCAGGGAGUUGCGUCAGACGCCAUUGUUUUUUUGUUUUUUUUUAAUCGCUCGUUUCAGGUUGGAUUGCUGCCGUAUGCGAUUCCAUAUCCAGCUUUUUCAGUUGCUGUAAAUUGACCCUGCAAGUACAUUUUAAUCUGAAUGUUUGUGCUGUUGGAGUGUGUGAUAGACCAGUUUUUCUUCUGAAUCUGGCUUCUGCUUCCCUACAGCAGGCCGGUUUUGUCGUUUGAUGUAUUUUGAAUGCUGCUGACUUCACCAUUUGCUGUUUUUUGUUUAUUUGAAACCAGUGAGUUGAGUUGAAUUGCACCAUUGUAAAAGCUCAAGCUGUACGUGUUUGGCAUUUUAUUCCCACAGCUGGCAUAUAAACAUCCACAUUUCAACUCUAUUUUCUGCAUAGCUAGAGGCUGAGAGCGCUAAUUAGCUAAGAUUGAGGUUAACCGCUAAAUGUUACAUCCCAAAUAUUCACAGAUUCUAGCUGUUAACAAUCACUGUUCAUAUUGUGACGUGUAUAGUUGGUAAAGGUUUUCAAGGAAUAGUUAACCCAAAAAUGAUCAUUGUAUGUGCUUCACUGUAUGCUGUAGUUGAAUGGAAAAGAGCAGCAUGAACAUUUCUUGAAAUAUCUUCUAUUUUUUUUUUUUUUAAAGAAAGUCAUACCGGUUUGUAUGACAGCUUAUUUCUGCCACGGAAUAAAAGAAUAAAAAGGUUGAUGUUUUUAAUCUCACAAUCUCACAAAUCUCUGACUUUUUUUUUCUAACAGCAAGUAUAUAUAAAUCACAACUGUGACUUUUCUUUUCAGAAUAACUCUGAAUAACAGAAAGUCGCAAUCACCUUGUUUAUAUGCCUAUUCUGUGGCAGAAAUAAUCUUCCAUAGAUUUGGACUGACACGAGGAAAAUGAUGGCCGAAUUUUCAUUUUUGGGUGAAUUAUUGCUUUAACCGAUUAGUCAGUCUUUCUUCACGUUGUCCAUCAACACAAGUUUUAAUCCGUGUCAAGUUUUUUUUAAUGAUUUGUUUGCUUGAACGAUGUACAUCAUCUGACUGAACGCCUCCUGGCUUCUGCUUUGUAUAUUUAUCAAAUACCAUGAAUAUUUUCAGCUGGCAUUACCGUUGAUGGGUUCCAUGAGGACUGUGGGGCAGGUGCCAGUCUGAAGUUUUGCCAUGGAGAGGCAUUUGGUUUUGGCCUUAAUUAUUAACUGUAGACUUACCGAAUACAAUGUACAUAUAUAGACUUAAACAUAUUUCAAGUUCAAAGAACAAACGUAAACUUGAAAUGUUUUAAAGCCUUUAAAUAGCCAGUAAAUACCAUUUAAGUGUGUUGUAUACCUGCUUUAUUUGCGACUUGAGUCUCAAAUAGCAAAUUGCCAAUUCAGAAUUCCCUUUUGAGACCUGAAAGAGUUUUUUGACUGAUUAUCUAAAUGUUUUUGCUGGAUGAAAGCCAUUUAUUACGCUUUGGCUUGAGUGGAAUGGAGGUAUCUAUCAUAUUCCGACAUUCACACUUCACUAUCAGUGUUUCAGAGAAGCUCAACUUAAAGAAAUGGUAGAUGUGAAUCCUGAUUUUCCAGAAUGUCAUUAAAUGUGCCACACACCGCAUUCCGUUCAGAAUUAUGGGACGGUACAGGGUGAUACCGUCCACCUUCUCACCGUUAAAUACUGAAACACCCCAUCUUUAUGAAAAUGUUGCCUUAUUUAAUUUAUAGAGUGUACAUUCACCAUUUACUCGACUGUAGUUUAUCAUCUCUCUUUUGUACUGCUGGCAUUGAUGUUUGAGAGGUUACACUGUCUUAGAGUUGUCUGUCUUUUCUUUUCUGUUUUUUUUUCUUUUUUUUUUCUCUCUCUUUUUUUUUUUUAAUCAGACGACAUUCCCUGAAAUAUUAGUUGACAGGGGAAAAUGCUCUGCCCGGCGUGUAGUGCAACAUUCCACCUAGAGAACUGUCAAUGAACAUGAAAUAAAGGAUCUAUAUUA